AUACGUACUUAAGCGACCUCUCUCAUUGUUUAUUCUUGUUCAUUUCUAUAGAGUUUUCCACGCAAUGGAAGUAGGAGUUGCUCUUGUAGCUUCUACCUUGGAAUGGUUAAUCAAUAAGUUGGAGUCCGAGGUCACUGAUUGGUUUGAAUCAAGAAAGGAGGCACAUGAUGCAUUAGAGAAUUGGAAAAAACUUUUGCCAAACAUACGUGAUGUUCUUGAAGAUGCAGAGACGAAGCAAUUAACCAAUAAUGCUGUAAAGACAUGGCUUUCAGAGCUUAGAGACAUAGCUUAUGAUAUGGAGGAUGUCCUGUGCGGAGUUGAAGCUGAUGCACGGAGGCAAAAAUUGAAUUUAAAAAAUUGUGAUCAAGCCAGCACCAGUAGAGCCAGAAAACUUAUCCUAGCACCAUCAUGUUUCACUGGUUGUAGUUGUAUUCCCUGUGAUUUCAAGGUUGAUCGAGAGACUAUGUCCAAGAUAAAGGGCAUUACUGACAGAUUGAAAAACAUCAAGGCGCGGAGAGAUGCAUUGGACCUGAAAAUUGAACAUGGGACCAACAGAGCAUUUACACAAAGGAUUCCCACUACUGGGGUGCCUGAAUGUCAUGUUUUUGGUCGGGAAAAGGAUAAGGAUGCUAUUCUUCAAAAGUUGUUAAUUAAUGAAGAUAGUACCAAAUGCUUUUCUGUGAUUCCCAUCGUUGGAAUGGGAGGAUUAGGGAAGACUACACUUGCCAGUCUUGUUUAUAAUGAUGAAAAAGUGGAAGGUGUGUUUGGGCCAAAAGCAUGGGUUUGUGUCUCUGACGACUUUGAUGAUCUUCGAAUAGCAAGAUCUAUUUUGGAUCAAAUGAACGUGAAAUCUGAUUCAGACGAUCCUGCAGUGAUUCACAGCAAGCUGAAAGAAAUGUUGUCUGGACAGAAGUUUUUACUUGUACUUGAUGAUGUUUGGAACAACAACUAUCACCUUUGGAACAGAUUACAAGGGCUUUUCAUGUUAGGAGCACCCGGAAGCAAAAUAAUUGUUACGACACGCGACGAGAAAGUCGCAGGAAGCAUGAGAGGAGAUGAUUGGGUUUAUCAUCUUGAUUUGUUUCCAGAUAAUGAGUGUUUGUCAUUAUUGGCUAGACAUGCACUAGAAAGAGAAAAUUUUGAUUCAUAUGGGCAUCUCAAAGGAAUUGGUGAAGAAAUAGUGAAAAAAUGCAAAGGUUUGCCUUUGGCUAUAACAACCAUUGGAGGGCUCCUUCGUGGAGAUCAGUUAAAUCCUAACAAAUGGAGGGAAGUACUAAACAGUGAGAUAUGGAAAGUAUCAGAAGAGAGAGGUGGAGUUCUUCCAGCUUUGAGAUUGAGCUAUCAUCAUCUUCCUUCUCAUUUAAAACAAUGCUUCGCCUUUUGUGCUAUAUUUCCGAAUGAUUUUGAGCUGGAUGAGGAUGAUUUGGUCUUAUUGUGGAUGGCGCAGGGGUUUCUUCGACAACAACAACAAAUAGAUGGAAUGAAGGAAAUGAAAAGCUUGGGUCAUCAAUACUUUCGUGAUUUGUUAUUGAGAUCAUUUUUCCAGCGAUCACUUAGCAAUUCAUCACUCUUUGUCAUGCAUGACCUUGUGAUUGAGUUAGCUCGAGAUGUUGCAUCAGAAACUUGCUGCCGACUAGAUAUGUCAGUCAACAAGAAACUAGAAAUCACUCACCAUUUUUCAUUUUGUCCUGGUGAGUAUGAUACUUAUCAAAGAUUUGAAAUGAUGGAGAAAAUGAAGAGUUUGCGGGCAUUUCUGCCAUUUGGCAAUGAUGGAUUGAGCUGCUUAUCAAAUAAAGUGGUGCGUUAUUUGUUUUCAAACUUGAGAUGCUUAAGGGUCUUGUCUUUCGAUAGUUAUAAGCUAAAGAAGAUUCCUGAUUCAAUUGGAGAUUUGAAGCUUUUGUGCUAUAUUAAUUUAUCUUGGACUGAAAUCCAAAGUUUACCUGAUUCUGUGAGUUUUCUUGUAUACUUACAGACAUUGAUAUUAAGUUAUUGUCAGAAGCUUACUCAGUUGCCAGAGGGUAUAGUGAAUUUAGUUGACUUGAUUUAUCUUGAUAUUACUGGUACAAUGAAUUUAAAGGAAUUACCAUCAGGAAUUGGUGGGCUGACAAAUCUUUUGACUCUAUCCAAAUUUGUUAUUGGAGGUGGGUUGAGACUAAGAGGGUUGAAAAACUUGAAGCAACUUCAAGGUGAUCUACUCAUCUCAAAUCUACAUAAAGUCUCAGAUUUUCGAGAUGCUAGUGAAGCCAACCUUCAUGAGAUUGAGGGCCUUGAUAAGUUAAUCUUGCAAUGGACUGAUGAUUUCCAAACUUCACGAAAUGUAAGCAAUGAAGAUAAGGUACUCUGUCAGCUGAAACCUCAUUGCAAUUUGAAGAAGUUUACAAUCGAGUUCUUUGGUGGAUUGGAAUUUCCAUCUUGGAUAGGCGAUCCAUCAUUCUCCAAAUUGGAGUACCUAGAAUUAUCUGGUUGUGAAAACAUCACUUUAUUACCACCCCUUGGGAAAUUACCCUUGCUAAAAGAAUUGAUCAUAGGAGGCAUGCCUGAGUUUACUGGAGAUCAUUCCUUUUCUGGUAGUUUUUCAUCACUAGAAAAGCUGAUAUUGGAGGAUUGUCCCAAGUUGAUUGGAAAAUUACCUAGCCACCUUCCUUUUCUCAAAAUUUUCAUGAUUAGAAAUUGUCCUCAAUUAAGCUAUUUACCACUGAGUCUCCCAUCACUUGAAAAGUUGAAAAUAACAGGUUGCAAUCAGGCAGUUCUUAGGAACAUGAUAAAUGUCACUUGCCUCACCUCUUUGAAGAUUAAGGGAAUUCCAAAGCUUACUUGCUUGCCUAAAAGCAUAACACAGUUCUUGACAGCUGUUGAAACAGUGGACAUUGAAGAAUGUUAUGAACUUACUUACUUGUGGGAGGACGGAGCCAGCCUUGCCAAUCUUAAGUGUCUGAGGAUUCAAAAGUGCCAUCUACUUGAUUGCCUGCCUAAUGGACUGCAUGCUCUCACUUGCCUUAAGGAAUUGUCCAUACAAAAGUGCAAAAAAUUUGUGCGCUUUCCAGUAACUGGCUUGCCAUUACAGCUCAAAAAGCUUCAGCUUGAGGAUUUGGUGGUUUUGGAGUCAUUGCCUGAUGGAUUGAUGAAAAUUGGGGAUGGAGGCAAUAAUAUGCUGCAACUUGAAGAAUUAGUCAUUAAAGGAUGUAAGCAGCUCAAAUCUUUUCCUAGAGACAAGUUACCCAGCACUCUGAAAAGGUUGGAAAUCCAAAAUUUGUGAAAAUUUAGAGUCCUUACCUGAGGGAGUGAAUCUUGAACA